AUGUCCACGCUGAUACUAGUGCAGCUUCUUCUCCUGGGGUUAAAGGUCACUGACACCACCAAAGAAACAUGGAGACAGUGUGCAGAUUUGGUUCCCCUGGAUCUUCUGUCUUUUGUCCUCGAGCGGGACACCUCCAAACUGGCACCGGGGCUGCACAUAAAGGAGGUCGCUGGGCAGAGGGGCGUUCACUUCUCCAGCCCUGAUUCCUCCAUGAGCUUUCCUUCCUCCCAGCUGCUGGUGAACUGUGACCUCUUUCCCAAAGGAUUCUCCGUUGUUGUGACAUUAAGAGUCGCCCGCAAUGCACCCAAGAGAAGUGAAUACGUUUUUUCCGUGAUGGAGCCAAAAAAUGUACAGAAAAGAGCCGUGGAGAAGAGGGAAGAGGACGGAGGGGCUUCUUUGGAAAGAAAUAAAGAGAAAAGUAUCAGUGGAGAAGAGCAACAAAGGGAGAAGAAGCGAAUCGGGAGUGAUGAGCAACAAGGACGAAUCAUUCUCGGACUGAAGUUGUCAAAAAAGCGUCUGCACUUUGUUUUCAAAGGUCACGCAGGGGUUAUAAAGCACUGGGUGUUUCGAGGCAUCCAGCUGGCCGAUAACCAGUGGCACACCCUAGUUUUAGCUGUUGGUAGUCAUCACGUGAGGCUCACGGUGGACUGCAACUCACCACUGGAAAUUGUUCCCUCCGGGCCUUUCCCUUCAGACCUCAACAUUCAGGGAUCUAGAUUCCACAUUGGCAGUCGAGGGAGAUGGAAAGGCUUGUUUUCAGGUUUGCUGCGACAGCUGGUUUUGGUGCCCGGUUCGGACGCCACGCAUCAAAUCUGCCCCUCCUCUGACCCCCAGCUAGCAGCUCUGUCGGUACCACCACUUCUCUUCGACCUGCCUGUCGUAAGGAGGGAGGGUGAUAGACAUGUGACUUCCUACGAGAAUGAAGAGCGAGUGUCAGUGGGGUUGGAGAGGUCGUGCUCUGAGCUGCUACGAGGCCAGCUGUGGUUCAAUCCGCUCAAAAAAGGCCUCUACCUCUGCGACGGCACAAUGUGGAUCACUGUGUUAGAGGAUCAUAAAAGGCUGGACUAUGUGUUGGAACACCAGGUGCUCACCACCAGCUCAGAGACACACGAUGUAGAGGUGUUCCAGGUACCUGGCAUAGGUCUGAUGGCUGCUAUGGCUCACCGGUCCACAUCCUUUGGCUCUGCUGUGUAUCUGUGGACCCGCACAGGUUUCCAGCUCUACCAGAACAUCAGCACGUAUGGAGCACUGGCUUGGAGACAUUUCAGCAUGGGCAAGAAGAUGUUUCUGGUGGUGUCUAACUCCGGCGGAGGGCCAGACAAGCAAUUCAGCAGUGAGUCAGACUACUCUGUGAUUUACAAGUGGAGCAAAAGAAGAAAGCAGUUUGUGCAUUUCCAGACUCUGCAGACCCACUGUGCUCGAGACUGGGAGGCAUUUAGCAUCCAUCGACAUACCUACCUUGCUGUGGCCAAUCACAGACAAGGAAACAAUAAUCACACCAUCAACAGUGUGAUAUACAAGUGGAACGGAUUAACAAAGUCUUUUGAGGUUCACCAGUUGCUGCGGACUUCAGGGGCCUACGACUGGGAGUUCUUCACUGUUGGACCAUACCAUUUCCUGGUGGUUGCAAAUGCUUUUGAUGGAGUGACCACUUCUGUAGACUCUGUUAUCUAUGUUUGGAUCAAUGGAAGCUUCCAGGUGUUCCAGACAAUUAAGACAUUCUGCGCUACAGACUGGGAAAUGUUCCAGAUUGGCAGCAGGGUCUUCUUGGUGGUUGCUAAUGGACACAGACUCCAUGGUAAUGGACCAAGUCAGUACACCAUCAACUCCACCAUCUACGAACUGGACAUUAGUGGGCAAUUGUUCGUCCGCUUCCAGGACAUUGUCACCUACAGUGCAGUGGAUUGGGAGUUCUUCAGCCUCGGGGAGGAAUAUUUUCUGGUGGUUGCUAACUCCUUUAACGGAGAAUCCUACUCUCUCAACAGCAUUCUUUACAGGUGGCAGGGAUAUGAAGGAUUUGUUCCUAUUCAUUGGCUCCCCACAAUUGGGUGCAGUGACUGGGAGUUUUUCAGCUCUAAAGGAGAAUCAUAUCUGAUCUACUCUAGUGCCAAAGCACCUCUCUCAAAAGUGUUCAUGCUUAAAACCUACUAGACAAAAAAAGUGUGUAUGUGACUUUGUGUGCCUAAUUGUAAGUGUGUUCCUGUGUGCAUUUUUUUGUUGUUUUUUUUUUGCAACUUGCAGUGUGGAAAAGGUUUUAAAGCCAUCAUGUAGCGAGAAAUUUACAAAAGUGUAAAUUAACAGAAAAACAGAAUAUUGAAAAGAAAAUAUUAUUAAAACAUUGGCUACUUGGAAAUGUCCUAGAGGUUUUGACUGGAGGGAUUUGGCACAGGAACUUGCCAUGCAGUGCUAUUUUAACAACUGAUGUACCUCACUUGAACACAAAUGUGAUGUAGACAAACAGAAUAUGUCUAUUUGUGUGAAUGAAAACAACUCUAGCCUCCGUAGAUUCUUCUGUAAGAACAUUUAAUACUGAAUAUUUAAAAUUUUGUUUGCUAACUGGAAUGUGUGUUCUCAUAGAAAAUAGGACUGAUUGUUACACUUUGCCUCUGACUGCAUGAGUUAUAUAUAAAAAGGGAGAGUAAAUUAUUGAAAUUUAAA